UUUUUUAAAUAUUAGCGCUUUGUUUUUGGGUACAGCGUCGGUUCUGGCGUUCAAUUAAAUUUAUCUUCAUUGUUUGUGACAAAUCUAAUUUAUUUUGAGUAGCCAAUUAGGCAAAUUAUCAACCAAACGAAACUAAAUAACCAGGACAGCUAUGGACGACUCACGCCGCUCGAUUGCGGCCAACGAGGAAAGUAUUUCCAUGUACUUGUCCUUCGAUGCCGACGACACGCUGUCCGGUGGCAGCAAAUGGCAAUCUGCAUUGGUCAGCCACAACAGUCAGUAUAUGGAGGUGCACAGCUCCAAGAUGGAAACCAAUUUGGACAAGACUAUGGAGGACAAGGAUGUGAAACGUGCAGUACUCCAGGAUCUGCACCAAUCGGCGCACAUUCAAUCGGAGUCAAACUCGCCAUUGAAACCAUUUGACCACAGCUUGUUGUACAAGCACAACGCUUUGAGUUCCACUCCCUCAAAUAAAAUUGUAGCAGCAGAAACCCCUCUUGAAGUGGAAAAUGCCGAGAACAAGGAGAACACAUUGCCCGACGAGAAUGCAGCUGGCGAUAAUUCGACAAUUUCCAGUUCCUUGGAACUGACGGGCACCACCGUAAAAUUUAAUACUUUGAAGACCGAAGAUUCCACCACGGAUGAAGUCUCAAUGAAGGAGGUUUCAAAGCCGAAUACCCUCAAUAACGUGUAUCCACUGAGUGACAAUGUGGUCCUAGAGAACAUAACUGAAGUGUCCAAUGAGGAAUCUUCGAUUCUCGCGUGUUCUCCGGCUAUAGAAGAGGCUCCGGCAGUCGCUGGUGUUGUCAACGAAGUCUCUGAGCUGCUAGCCAAAGCUCUGAAGAUAUCCAGCGAAGCCAUGCAGCCGUCGACCUCGAAGCCAAACACUUUCGAAAUCAAUAAGAAGCGAGUAUCGCUACUCCCCAAAGCUUCUGGGGCGCUGGCGCGUCCACGCCGCUCGUAUAUGCCGACAGCCGCUGUCGAGACACGCACCUACUCCUUCAAGCAACGCAUGUCCGUGAUCGUGAAGACUACGCUAAACAGUCCCUCCCGCAAGAUGGGCGCAGGCGGCGGACUACCAGUGAGCCGACGCAGCGUUUUGCCCGUAGCCAAGAACAAAACUGGCGUUUCGCGCAAGUCGAUCUCCACCACAGGGAUCAGUUCGACCAAAAAAGUCAUACCAGUCGCUGCGAAGCCGCCAACUAAGAACGCUCACGAUGUUGUCUUUAACUGCAGCACUUGCGGGGUCACUUUUCGUGUGAAGAGCCUGCACGAUAUGCAUGUUCGCAUGCACGACUUGGUCGAGAAUGGACCCAAGCCCCUCAAGAGACUGAACGCCAAUCAUCCGAUUGGGGCAAGUGCCGCUGCGAGCAAGAAUCGGUGCAAGUUUUGCGACAAGAACUUCGCCCUGGAGCGUGCUUUGCACAUUCAUCUGAUGCAGAAUUGUGACAAGAUUCCGCCAGCUGAAAAGCGCAAGCUGGAGUUUACAGAACUCAAUCAUGUGAAGAAGGCGCAGCUACCGAAAAUAGCUGUUGCUGGUGGUGCUGGUCCAUCAGUAUUGAGUGCACACAAGUCGCAAAUUCCAAAAGCUACAACACCAAUUGGGAAGGCUGGAUCUUAUGGAGGCCAAAAGAUGGGACCACCGUCCGUAAAAAAGGUUCCAAAGAACGUGGCUCAUGCUGGUGUUUAUCGUACACCCACAAAGACUGUGCCAUGCAACAUCUGCAAGCAAUCGUUCAAGAGUAUACUGGAGUACACCAAUCACUGCAUGACGAUGCACUCGAAGAGUCAGACCCAGAAGGUCGCCGCUAAAUAUGAAGCACCGAGUGCUGAGGAUUAAAUCAAACAUUUUGUCUAUACUCUAUCCUAGCUAGACCUAAGUUCCAGUGUACUUUACUUCUCCACACAACCGUCGACAAAAAUACACACUAACAUAAUCA